UGACUAAAGGUGAAAAGGAAAUAAUCCUUCACGGACUCGGCGCUGCAAUCCAGAGGUGCUGUAACCUAGCAUUACAGCUCGAGAUACUGUUUUCAGGAACAUGUCAAAUAGAAGUAAACACUGGCACUGUCGAUUUAGUCGAUGAUUUGGAGCCACUUAAUGAAGACUUAGAAUUUGGAGCUCAAGUGAGGCACUCAUCAUCUAUUCACAUUAGAAUAUUCCGGACAGCAAUGCUUGGUGCCAAUCAAUCAUAAUGUUUUUCACACUGAAUGAAAUAGUGCAGUGGAUUGGACUAACAGUGUUUGAAAUAUGGAUAAACUUGAUAACAAUCACUAUUUUCUCAGUUCUGUUAGCUCUUAAAAUAGAUGGAAUUGUAAACAGUGCAUGGUGGACAAUAUUUGCUCCAUUAUUUGUUAGUGAUGCAAUGAAUGCAUAUUUUUGCUGUAUUGUUUGUAUUAGAAUGAACUUGGAGAAUUCAUACAAAGCUUCACUAUACAGAGCGUCAUGGAGUGCAAUUUUCUUGGGGCUCACAUUUGUAUUCAAGUUCUUACUUUGUAGAAAAUUACAAGGUGACUCUGCCAUAGAGUAUAGUGAAGUCUUUGCACCUCUAUUUAUUUUGUUGCAACUGAUAGCAGUUAGAGCAUGCCAGUUGCAUCAGUAAUCUUCAUAAUAUUGUUACAUCAUCAUCAUAAGCGUCUUAAUAUUUUAUAAUGGUAAAUUAAACUUGUAUAUAAGAAAAUGAAUUUAAUUUCUAGCAAUAUUGAAAAACUAAUUUUAAAAUUACAAUCACAUAAAAAAAUUAUGUAAUUAACGGAACAUACUAAAUAAGCCGCCUCUAGUUUUCUUCUCAUCUCCUCCAAAGUUGAAAUUAAAAUUAUUUGAUGAAUUUUGUCCACUAUUAUCUGCAUUUGUUUCUUGUACUGAUGUCAUUCCGAAAAAGGAUAAUC